AUGUCCAAGGUCACCCUGCAUGUUGGGGGAGCCUGGGACCUGGAGUCCAGCUCCUCUGACUUCUCCAUCGUGGGCUUGGAGCUCUUGGAAAUGGCACUGUGGUCCCAGCAAAGCAGCCCACAGGCGCAGACGCCGCCUGUGCUGGCCAGCGCCCUGCGGACCACGCGCCCAGGAGGAAAGCUGGCGUUGACACCCACCAGGGCCAACUCUCUCAGCCAUGUGACGCCCUCUGCAUCGGGGCCCCACACCUGGAAGAGCAUGGCUGCAGGCGCGCCGGCAGGAGGCGGGCACCAGGUCCGCGCGCGUACAACUGCACUCACGCCCCGCGCACCCGAAGAGCCCCGGCCCCCGCGCGCAGACCAAGACGGCUCCGCGCAGCCCGGCGUUCGCCGGUUGCCUGGGCCUUGGCCCCUGGUAGCCAAGAAGAGCGCAGCGGAGCCCAGCCGCCGGCCACUCGUCCGGCUCGCCUGGUACCGGCGGAAAUUAAAGGGAAAAACCCUAACGCCCAGCGCCCCACAGUCGCACCCCAAGAGUCCACGGGGAGCGGGAGGAAGGCCUGGGGCCAGCGGACGCCCGGGUCUGGCCCCAAACUUACCCGGAGCUGCGAGCGCCGCUGCCGCCGCUGGAGGACGCGCCGCUGCCGCCGCCGCCGCCGCUGCCGGGCAGGGCCGGCUCCGGCCGGGAGGAGCUGCGAGGGCGCCGAGAUGGGCUCCGCGCCGGCUUCUGCUCCGCGCCGACCGGGACUGGGGUCACCGCGCUGCGCCGGCGCUGCUCGCUCGCUCCGCCGCCCGGUCGCUGCUCUCCGCCUGCCGCCCGGCCGCUCGCUCUCCCGGGCGCCAGCCGCCGCUCGCUUUUUUAAUGUCCACAGACAGUGAAAAGGAACUCGGCGUUAGGGGGGCCCCGCGCCGCCGGCCGGCCGCAAAAGCCGGUGCGGAACUAGGGGAGGAGCGGAGCGCCGCGCCACCGCCACCGCCGUCGCCGUCGCCGCCGCCGCUGCCAGCGCUCAGCUCCGCUCGCCUAGCGCUCUCUGCGCUCUCCUCCUCGGUCUGGGAGCUCUCCAAGCUUUUUCCCCUCUAUGGCUCUGAUGGGGCUUCGCGCGUCACCCACUCCCACUCACCUUCUCUCUCCUGCCUCCACUACUCCCUGGCCGCUCCCCCCACCAACCGCGACCCCACCCCCACCCGCUCCAGCAAGUUUGGAGCAGGAGAGAAAUGCUGA